UUUGCUAUUGGUAGCGGGAAGCGGAAACGUCUUUCUGUUCGGCCUUUCAUGAGUGUUUACUUUUAACAGCACACAACAGAUGAACCCACUUCGGUUCCAGAGUUUAUUAAUGUAUAAAGUUUCAUUUUAACCCGAUAAGGAAGAAUUCGUGAACUUUGCGUGGAAGUCCUCGAAACAGUUUUUCUUCCACAGCUGAAUGUUUCGACUGCAAUGGAGAGGUUAUUAAUAAGAGACAACCCGCUGCUUUUACCUUUAAACAAGGAGAAAACGGUCUACGACGGAUUUAUAACCCUUCAGGAAAGAGACUUCAGGAUAAGAAUUAUUCUCCCUCCAGACCUCCAACUAAGGAAAGCCAGGCUGCACUGCUGCUGGCAGCUAAAACACCUGUUGCGUGAAUAUGAGCCCAUAGUGAAGCAGAGGCUGCUGCAGUCGACCGAUCUCAACAGUUUCAUUCUGGAGUUGAAGACUAUCCUGGAAGUGGCUCUAAGCCGAUGUCCCGAGGGUCGCUCCAUCCCGCCUCCUCGAUAUUAUUCCCAGCUUAUCUCAGAGAUGGAGGCUCUUGGAUGGGAUAAGAUGCUUUUCAUUGACAUGGACUUCCAAACACUGAAACUGGGUGCUGAGGACUCCUCUGGCAGGCAGCACGUUCUCACUGUUAAACUCAAAGCAAAGCAUCCAACAGAGGCUCCUGACUGUUCAGCUGACCUCCCGAUCCCUUUGGCCAUCACCUGGACACCUCAGAGUACUCUAGAGCAGCUCCACAGCCAGUUCCUGCUGGUUCUGGAGUCCCUGACAGACUUCUGGGACGUCCUGGAUGAGAUCGACAGAAAGACCUGGGUUCUAGAGCCAGAAAAACCCAGCCGUUUUGAUACAAUGAGACGGAUUGCAAUUGGGAAUAACGUCUCGAUCAAGGUGGAGGUGGAUCCGAGGCACCCGAAGAUGCUACCAGAGUGCUGCCUGCUGGGAGCAGAUCAUGUGGUGACGCCGCUGAGGAACAAACUGAACGCCAACAUGCACAUGUGGAACCCGGACUCCAGCGUCUUGAACAACCUCCGGGAUGUUUUGGAGAUUGAAUUCCCGUCACCGGCCACCCACGAAAAAUCUAGUUUUAAUAUGGAGUGCGGCAUCUGUUACUCCUAUCGACUUGAAAAUGCCAUCCCAGAUCAAGUGUGUAAUGACCCCCGAUGUGGGCAGCCAUUCCACCAAGCCUGUCUUUAUGAGUGGCUACGAGCUCUUCCCUCCAGCAGACAGAGUUUCAACCUUGUUUUCGGAGAGUGUCCUUAUUGCAGCAAGCCCAUUACAGUGAAAAUGGCAGUACAGAAGUCCUGAGGAGCAGCAUGAGGAGUUACAGGCAAAGAAAGUCAAUUUCGACUGACUUAAGCAAACACAAAUACAGCCCCCAACAGAAGGAUCAAUCCCACACAGACAAGCCUGGACAUCCAGGAGGUUCUCUGUAUGGAAGCAGCUCCUUGUCUCAGAUCUGAAUCUUCGGUCUCACCAAACCAGUGUCCCUGUUCUGAACAGAUCUGGCUGUGGCCCAUUCCGUUCUCAUGUGGCCUUUCUUCCAAACGUUUUCUGUAAAAUCCGGGUAUUUCUCUGUCCCAGCCGUAAUUUCCCAUUUGGAGGUUGAGCUGAUGCUCCGGUCUUUCAUUGGUCCUGGUCAGCUCCUCUGUGUUCUUGUGAGGUCCUUUGGAUUUAGCUCUCUGUUAAAAAAUUUGUUUUAUUUUUGAAUUUUUCUUUAAGCAGACAAACAAAAAGAGAUUUUGGUGCCAAUUUGUCUUGUUGAGCUCAUGAGCCAUUAAAAAAAAUGAUGUUACAGUCAUGUAGAAGUAAUUCAGCAAAAUCACAAAAAGCGGUCUGGCCACAAGCCUUCUGACAUCACACCUGUUUGGGCGUAGCUCCAGGACCAAUAGGAGGACCUCUUAGAUAGCGUGCAGGGAUACGUUUGGGUCGGACAUCUGCCUCUUCCUCUUCUUCUUCUUCCUCCUCCUGCUCACUGUCUUCUUCUUCAUACGUACAUGGAGGCCUCGGCCUGAGCGACCUUCCUCCAGCAGGUGACAUCGCUUUCUUCUAGAAGAAAACGGCGGAUUGUUACUGUUUCACAUGUAAAACUGGCUCAAGCUUGAUUUCAGUUAGACUCAUCCUUUGUUAAAACAUCUGGUAACCAGUUUGCUGCUCUACAAUAUUUCACAGGAUCACUGCAGAAAAGUCUUGAGAACAGAAAGACAGAAAAGUUAAUUGUGAAUAUUGUUUGAUAAAAUAACAAAACUAAUCCUGGGGAGGUCUUACUAUUGCUUUUGUUACCCUGUAACUCUGGAUCGAAGCAAAAAAUGUGGCCAAAUGAUACUGACUUUGUUGUGGUGUAAAUAAACAUUAAACUUA